AAACUAGCUGAGCAGAAGCAGCAGCUAGCCGGUGAUGUGCACAUUAGGUUUUCUCUGUUCUUGACUGUGGACAUGAUAUGAACAGUAGUCUCUGGCACCUGCCUCUGUGACUUCCCUGCAAUGAUGGAUUGUAACUUGGAGUUGCAAGUCAAAUGAACCCUUUCAUCCUCCAAGAUGCUUUUGGAGGAAGUGAAUUAAACUUUAAAGCAUGUUUAUAUAUUUUUAAGAAUGAAAACUGAACAGCUUGGGUACAUAGAAUGAUCAGCAUAAUUCUUCAGUGAAGAAAACCACACUGAGCCCCUGUGCCCACCGGCUGUAGCCAGAGCCAGGACGCUCAGCCCGCAGACGUUGACCCCAGAUGUGACAGCGGGACAGUGGCCCCUUCUUCCCAGCACAAUCUAGAGUCUCUCCUGCGUCUCUGCUGCCAAAACCCCAAGGCUGGAAGAUGUGGCAGCCGGCUACUGAGCGCCUGCAGGGGCGGCCCGAUAGAGGAUGCAAAGGAUCCUGUUUGGAGACAUCAGCCCUUUAGAUGUAACACUCAUCCUGAUAUUAAUAGUCGUGGUGGUGCUCUGCUGCUGCUGGUGGCUGGGAUGUCAUGUGCCCGGAGAAGAACGCACCUGUUGCUGCUGAGAUGCUUUGGAUAGGAUUGCACUUCCAGACCAUGCUGAAGUCUAAAUUGAAUGUCCUAACACUGAAAAAGGAACCUAUUCCAGCAGUCAUCUUCCAUGAGCCAGAAGCCAUUGAGCUAUGUACCACCACACCACUGAUGAAGACAAGGACUCAUAGUGGCUGCAAGGUCACCUAUCUGGGGAAAGUCUCUACCACAGGCAUGCAGUUUUUGUCUGGUUGCACGGAGAAGCCGGUCAUCGAGCUCUGGAAGAAACACACACUGGCCCGAGAAGACGUUUUUCCAGCCAACGCCCUCCUAGAGAUCCGUCCAUUCCAAGUGUGGCUUCAUCACCUUGACCACAAGGGCGAGGCAACAGUGCACAUGGAUACCUUCCAGGUGGCUCGCAUUGCCUACUGCACAGCCGACCACAACGUGAGCCCCAACAUCUUCGCCUGGGUGUAUAGAGAGAUCAACGAUGACCUGUCUUAUCAGAUGGACUGCCAUGCAGUGCAAUGCGAGAGCAAGCUGGAGGCCAAGAAGUUGGCGCAUGCCAUGAUGGAGGCCUUCAAGAAGACUUUUCAUAGUAUGAAGAGUGAUGGGCGGAUCCACAGGAGCAGCUCAUCUGAAGAGGCUUCCCAGGAAUUAGAAUCUGACGAUGGCUGAAGGAAUUUAAGAUUUUCAGUGAGGGCAGCAUUUGGGCAAGGAAUUUCAGAAGAUAGAUGCGUCUGCAAUGAUUCAAAUUUGGUAUGAAAAGACUGCCAAAACCAUUGGCUGGCUGACCAUGCUUUUUAAAUUCAGAAGAGCAAUUCUAAAUCUAAAGAAAUGUAUCAUUAAUUAUGUGACAUUGAAAUCUGCUGCUGCUGUGACCAUGAGGAGAGUGGGGGUGCGGACAGGGAGAAAGGUUCCAGACUGUCUUCUCGGUGUUUUACUCCUAUUCUGAUGCUUCCUGGUGGGAGACCUCCACGCCUAUUUUCACCAUUCUCAGGCAAAUACUGUGUGGCUGUAGUCUGAUGGACUAUUUCAUCUGCCUUAUGAAAUCCAGCAAGAAUGUUAGAGGCAUCUCUGUGGUCCCUAGGCGGGUGGGUGGCGUGGGGACACGAUGCUGGUGGGGGCUGCAGGAUGGAAGGGACAUGUCCAGGUGACUGCCUGACUGCUCCUCUUCCCUGGCAUGUUUGCGUACACUCUCCUCAGUAUGUGAAUCAGCACAGCUUGGAUUGAGUUUUACAACUAACAGCACGUUAGAUGGCAGUUAAUUCGCAGUUAAAGUUAAUGCUUUUAUUUACAUGACUAUAUCAAGUAGCACCCUCCUAUUGUAUUCACUUCGUCUAUUUUCUUAGAAUCCUUGCAACUAAUGAUCAUUUCCCUCCUCCUGUCCCUACCAUGUUCUCUUCUUUCAAGCUUCCCCAAAAGGGAUUGAGGCUCAACAUACUGUAAGAUUCCAACGGGAAAGAAAAUAACAAAUUAACUAAAUAUACAGUCAUCAGACCUACAAGGAGUCUCAGAAAUCCUAGAAAAAAGGACAAUGGGUGGCCGAAGUCUGUAGAGGUUCCCCUUUAUUAAAUCCUGAUUCAUAGUAACUUACUUGGUUCAGAUCCUGUUGGAUGACUCCUUCAUGAGAUGCUUAAACUCUGACAUGACAUUGCCUAGGAAGUCUUGCCCCAUCAUGUCGAAUAUUGAAUUCAACCUUGAACUCAAAUAGGGAAUGAGUGAAAUCCAGUCAGGUUGCCUAGAAAUCCCUUGUCUAUCAGGAAACCUAAAGGGAAAUGUGAUCUUGUUGUUGUGAAGUCAAUAAUGUCCUAAAGUCAGAAUGACUCCUUUGACUAUCAUUUCUGCAGAGAAAUUUUCACUGAUAGCUUGAGAUCUCUCAAUUUCAAUAUCUUUGCAUAUCAUAAAGAAUCAUGGAAAGUAUUUGUUAAAAUAUACACAUUUAAGGUGAAUAGACACAUUAAGAGGGCACAUGAUCCACUUUUUCAAGUGAUGUUGCUCCUUUUUAAAGGUAUGUUUUAUUUCUGGUGAUGUUAGGGGCAUUGGGGCACCUUAGAAGCCUUAAGUGAAAGCUAAUGUAAUCCAGACAGCAAUGGUGUUGGUAUUUUUGGUCUGUGUACCUGUGUGUCCAUGUAUGUGUUUGUGUGUGUAUGUCCCCUAUGUGGGUCCAGUUUCAAGGCAUGUACAUAAGCAUGGAGUCGUAUUGGUGAGGACUCAUGUCCUGAAGAUAUGCUUGUUGCUUUAUGGCAUAUGUAAACUAUUCUUUAGAUAAAUGCAUUCACUCUUUAAUAAAAAAUAUGUUUGUGUUAAUAAA